AUGAUUAAACGAAUAAACCUAUCACGCUAUGCCAAUCAGAUAAGACGCAAUGCCAAUCGUGCCAAGUCAAAUCCUACACCACCAGUGCGAUACUAUUCCCAGUACAAUUACAACCAAACCUAUGCUGACUACAAUCCGUCGCCACGAACAUCAUGGUUCAGAAGAUUCAUUUACGCGACCCUUGGAUUAACUGCUCUUACAGGCUAUGCCUAUUACAUGUGGUGGCCAAAACAUACUUUCCCUAGUUCAGUGGCAAAGAUUUUGCGUAAAGGUCUUUGGGCUGAAAGUGACCGUGGAGAGCAUGAUUAUCAACUUGCAUUGAAAUAUUACCUUGAGGCCUUGGAACAUUGUAAGGAAAUUGGAAUGGACCCUUUAAGUGAUGAAUAUACCGGUGUGCAAUUGAAGAUCGGUGAAAUGUUUGAACGAUUGGGGAUGAUGAGUGAUGCAGCAUUUGUAUAUAACGAGAUUGGCACGUUAUAUCUAAGUGUCUUAACAGCACAACCUGUUGAUUCAAAGAACACGGUUAGAGCUAUAAGUAGGGACUUGAGACGACAUUUAAUUCAAAAGGAUUUGAGAAUUGCCAUCAAGUUGGUUGAGUUGAACAAGAAUAAUCCCGCUUUAUGUAAAGCCAUCUUGAUUACUCAUUUAAUAAUUGCCCAGGAUGAAGUUAAUAAGUUGGGUGGCUCAACGGGCAAGUUGAACUUGGUUACCAAGAUCAAUGCCAAUGGGAAUGAAAAACAAGAGCCAAAUAAAUUUACUGCUACUUUGGAUAAUGAUACCAUUUUAAUCAAUGAUGAAUCCGGUAAAGAAAUUGCCAAUAUUAAAAAGACACCCGAGGUUUGGGAACCAUUUACCGAUGAGUUCUUUAAUGCUAUGGAUUUGCUUAGUGCUAUAUGUAUUUCGACCGGAGACUUGGCCAUGGCUUCAAAGGUGAAAAUCUCCAUGACUGAAUCCAUGCUUUUGGCCGAUGUUGAACCAGGAAAGAUGCUCUUGUCGCAAUGCAAUUUAGGAUCAUUAUUGUACAUGCAAGCAGAAGAAUUAGAAGCACAGGAAAUAGCCUUGAAGCGGAAGUUUUCUGAGGCUGCCGGGGUUGAUUAUUCCAAGUUGAAGAAUGAUGAAAUGAUAAAACAAGAUCAAUCUACACAAGAGAUUUUGAAGGAAAAAAUACCUACUCAUGAUCAAGAAUUGUUCACCAAGAUAUCUCAAUCUCGACAAAUUUGUAUUAAAUUGGCUAUCAAAUCGUAUGAGUCUGUCUUGCAAUUUGCUAAAUCCAUACCAUCCGAAGUCACAAAGCAGCACAAUGAAAUCAAUGAAACAGUAGCGUUGGCUACGUACGGAUUAGGUGUCGUUAAUUUACACUUGUCAAAUUACGAUAAAGCAGAACGUUUGUUGCGUGAAUCUCGUGUCAGAUCAAGAUCGUGUGAUUAUGAAUAUCUUAUACCUGAAAUUGAACGUGAAUUGAAAAAGUUGUUUGAAGAACGCAAAUUGAUUCAGCUAGGUAAACCAGUUGACAAGGAUCUGCUGAAGAAUAUUGAAAUGGAUAUUCAUUUACAGUAA